AUGACGUUACCAAGAGGGGACGGACGUACUCAUCUACUUCUGGAAGCAGCUCUACUGUCUGAGCAAGUCCCUCACACAACACUAUGCUCCUCUUUGUCACGAUCCUCCACCUGCGAGAGAUUGUGCAGUGGGGAGACGGUGUUGCCCGUUAGCCGAUCCUGCCAUGCUGUUAACAACAACUGCAGCUGUAUUCCACAUGCCUAUCUCCCACACCACCAUUUGUUUUUGCACCUCCCACAGGAGGAAGCACCACCUCCUCCUCCUCCACCACCACCGCCAACAGCGCCCCCUAGUGCAUCGGUCAGUGACAGGCCAGGGUACCGGUCACAGGCCUGCAGCCCCACCAUAACCUGGAUCUCCGAAGAGGGCGGAGGUGAGGAAUUGAGUGUCAUCACUUCAGCAACUUGCGCACCAGACGUUACUCUUGCUGAACCGCAGGUGUUUUCGCCAUCCUCUACAACUACUUCCCCUGCUCAGCUGUCUUACAUCACAGAAACUUUGCCGCUAGACAGCACAGUUGAAUUUACAUCAUCAACAACAAUGCCAACAGUGUUGACGAAGCCACAGGUUCAACAACCUUGUCCCAGAGCGUCACCACCACCACAGGAAGCAGCGGUAGUAAUGGUCAAUGAUGAAGAUGGAGAAUCAGCUCCCCCUCAGAGGAGCCACUGGAGCCGUUACAUAGACAUUGGUGUGCAUUGA